AGAUAAUUCCUUUUGAAACAGCUGCACACAUUUUUAAUUUUUUUCUAAAAGGAAAUGCGUAAUCCGGCAGAACCAGGAAGUAAAAAUCAGGAAAACAUUUAAUGAAAUUGUUUCAUUAUUCAUUGUUUCCUCCUUAUUCGGAGGCUGCAUAUGCAUAAUAACUAUAAUCUUAGCUAAAUCUCAUGAUUCGAUCAUUGCGAUGACAUCAACAUUUUGGAUAUAAAACUUGUGAAAAUGUCUAAAUUUCACGAGAAAAUAAGAAAUGUUCUUCAAGAUGUGGAAAAGUUUCUCAUAAUUUCUCUCAAAUCUGAACAUCUGUGCAAGCCAAACAUAGAAGAACGUGACAGUAUUGUUGAGGCAAUUGGUGUUAUCCGUGAUGAAUUCCCUCAACUUCACCUCGAACAUGUUGUCGACCCAAACCCAAGCAAGAAACCGAUAGUGACAUCCUCUGGCACUCAACUUUUUGACGCUGGUGAUUAUGUCUACACUGAUACUAGUGCUGUAUCACCAUCAGGAGUAGAUGGAAAAAUACCACCUAACACUGAUGAAGUUUACGAUGAGUGCCAGUCCCUCUCCGAUAAAAGCUUAAGUUCAAAUGCUCAGUCUAAGAGUAGCACCACAAUAGACAGAAUUGAUGAGGAGAGUGUCGCCUCAGAUGAAUAUGGAGACAUGGUGCCAGGGUCUAAUGUUGUCUCUGCAGAGAUUGCUACUAUGGGGGCUAUCAAGACAGGAUGGCUGGAUAAACGACGAAAAAAAGAUGUGAAUAAAUUGAUAGCAAGACUUCAGCCCUAUCAGAAAAGAUGGUGUGUCUUGAAGGAUACCACAUUUUACUAUUUCACCAGUGCAUCAGACUUGAAGCAGUGUGGGCAUUUCAGUAUAGCAGGUUAUGAGGCAAGAGCUGGAGGUGGGAAAAGAGAUAACAGUUUUGGUCUAGUCAAGCCUGGAGAGAGAACAUACCAGUUUGUUGCUCAUAGUAAGGAUGAGCUAAAUGACUGGUUGGAGAGUUUCAGUAAAUCCUCUGGUAUACCAAGCUUACCCCACUCUCCAAGCAGAGAUAAACUAUCAGUAAGUGACGAUGAGGAAUCUACAAACACAGAUGAUCAAACAAUCAACAAAAAAGUGAUGGUUUCACCUAUCCCCCCUGCCAACAUUACGCCAGAGCCAGUUGAGGCUGGUGAUGAUAUUUACGAAGACACUGAUAAUCCCAGCCCUUUUAAUACUGAUGAUUUUUACGCAGACACAGAAGCUCCACCACUUCCAUCAGCUAAUGAAGUGGACAAAGUGGAUAACAAAGUAGAAAUUAUAGUCACAGAGGAUGUAUAUGAUGAUACAGAUGAGGUCAGUGUACCAACCGAAGAUGCAACAGCUGAUGAUAUUUAUGAGGAAUGCUCUUCAAUGCCUACUGUGAAAGCACCGCCUGUGCCUUCUCCAGAUUUAAUCCCGACAGAUAGCCUUGAAAGAGGUGUUGAACCCCCACACUCAUCAACACCAAUAACACCUGAUGCCUACUUAAAACCCCUUCCAAGUUUCAGGCUACCUGGCCAAAAGGGCAUCAUGGGAGAUAUUGACUUUGAGAAUGUCUAUAUGGGACUAUGGGACUGUAAGGCUGAUGGGAAGGAUGAACUUGAGUUCAAAAGAGGAGAUUUAAUCUACAUAAUGAACAAGGAUUAUGAUGAUUAUAGCUGGUGGGUGGGGCAGCUUUCUUGUGGCAAGUUUGGAUUGGUCCCUGCUGACUUUCUUAUGCAAGCAUAUGAGGAGAUACCCUAGCUAUUUGUGUAAUAGGUUCAUAAGAGGAAAUGUUUUGACCAAUUUUGCUACUCAUCUAUAUGCUUCUGUGUAUUUUUCGAGGAACUAUUGUGAUAUAUUUACUGUAUUAAGGUCAGUGUAUAUUUAGGGCCAUUUUGUUGCAAUCCUCAGUGGCACAUGUUACUUUUAAAUAUGAACUCAUCCUUUCCCCACAAAAGGUACAAGAAGUAGUUCAUUGAAUUGUCCAUACAUUUUAUUAAAAAAAAUCUUCUCUAGACUCUUUUCAAGGUACAUCGGUGCACUCUUUGUAACAAGGCACAGACAUGAACAAUAUCGUACCUAAAACACAGCAGUGUGACAGUGAAGAAUUUGGGACGGAAAAUCCAAAAUGGCCACCUUAAAAUUUACCCAGAAUGCCCAAAAACUAAUCAGUUC